UGAAGCGAGCAGGACUUCCUCAGUCAGUACACAGAUGUGUGCAUGAUAAACUGGAAGCACAACAAAAAUCAUUAGAAGUCGAGGAUGUCUGUGUUUUAGGGAAAACUUCUGAAAAGGGGCAGCAGAUAUGGCUGCUGCUGCUUUUUUAUUCCUCUUUGCAGGGAGUUUUGCCUUUUCCUCACAUCUCAGUGGGAAUCUGGUCUCUGCAUCAAGAUCUUUCUCCAUAGACUACAAGAACAACUAUUUUCUGAAAGAUGGAAAGCCUUUCCAGUACAUCUCAGGAAGUAUCCAUUACUCCAGAAUACCWCGUUACUACUGGAAGGACCGCCUGGUGAAGAUGUACAUGACUGGACUCAAUGCCAUCCAAGUGUACGUGCCUUGGAACUUCCACGAAGCGACCCAGGGAGUSUACAACUUCACAGGAGACAGAGAUCUAGAGUACUUUUUGAAGUUGGCCAACCAGACGGGCCUGCUGGUAAUCCUGCGUCCUGGACCGUACAUCUGUGCAGAAUGGGAAAUGGGUGGGUUACCGGCAUGGUUACUUCAAAAACCAAACAUCAUUCUUCGCUCAGCAGACACAGAUUACCUGGACGCAGUUGAUAACUGGCUUGCUGUCCUCCUCCCUAAAAUCAAACCUUGGCUCUAUACCAAUGGGGGUAACAUCAUCACUGUCCAGGUUGAGAAUGAAUAUGGUAGCUACUACGCUUGUGACUUCAACUACAUGCGUCACCUACGAACGAUGUUCCGCUUCUUUCUGGGAGAGGAUGUCGUCCUUUUCACCACUGAUGGAAACACAGACAAGGAAAUGACAUGUGGGACUCUGGACGGAUUAUACGCCACGGUGGACUUUGGCACAGAUACCAACAUAUCUGAUGCCUUCAAACGCCAGAGACGAUUUGAACCCCAAGGACCUCUGGUAAACUCAGAGUUCUACACAGGCUGGUUGGACCACUGGGAAGAUCAGCAUGCUGUGGUUGACGCUCAGAAGGUCAGCAGAGUUCUAGGAGAAAUGCUAACCAUGGGGGCCAACGUCAACAUGUACAUGUUUGAAGGAGGGACUAACUUUGGCUAUUGGAAUGGUGCAGAUCAUGACACUAGGUUCCGCUCAGUGGUAACAAGUUAUGAUUACGACGCCCCGCUGACCGAAGCAGGAGAUCCCACAGACAAGCUGUUGGCCAUCAGAGAUGUCAUAAAGCAGUUUAGAGAAGUUCCCUCUGGACCCAUGCCACCGGCAACUCCGAAAUUUGCCUACGGUUUUGUCAUGCUGAAAAAGGUUGGAAACAUUAGCAGUUUGUUGGACACUAUCUCUCCUCUGGGUCCAGUCCGAUCUGAGUAUCCUCUGACGUUUGAAGAGAUGAAACAG